CGCGCGCAGACUGCGACCCAGUCAAGUGGGCGCCUGGCCCGGGCGCCGGUAGAACCGAGGCACCCGGCUCGGAGACGCCGUGCCUGGUGACUCCCGCUGCGGCGGGGACCGGGCGGCCGGCGUCAUGACUCUGUUCCACUUCGGGAACUGCUUCGCCUUGGCCUACUUUCCCUACUUCAUCACGUACAAGUGCAGCGGCCUGUCUGAGUACAACGCCUUCUGGAAAUGCGUCCAGGCCGGGGUCACCUACCUCUUUGUGCAGCUAUGCAAGAUGCUGUUCUUGGCCACUUUCUUCCCCACCUGGGAAGGUGGCAUCUAUGACUUCAUUGGGGAAUUCAUGAAGGCCAGCGUGGAUGUGGCAGACCUGAUAGGCCUCAACCUUGUCAUGUCCCGGAAUGCCGGCAAGGGAGAGUACAAGAUCAUGGUAGCUGCCCUUGGCUGGGCCACCGCAGAACUCAUUAUGUCCCGCUGCAUCCCCCUGUGGGUCGGAGCACGGGGCAUUGAGUUUGACUGGAAAUACAUCCAGAUGAGCAUCGACUCCAACAUCAGCCUGGUGCAUUACAUCGUCGCCUCAGCCCAGGUCUGGAUGAUCACACGCUACGACCUCUACCACACUUUCCGGCCAGCCGUCCUCCUCCUCAUGUUUCUUAGUGUCUACAAGGCGUUUGUCAUGGAGACCUUUGUACACCUUUGCUCCCUGGGCAGCUGGACAGCGCUGCUGGCCCGAGCGGUAGUCACGGGGCUGCUGGCCCUCAGUACCUUGGCCCUGUACAUCGCCGUCGUCAAUGUGCACUCCUAGACUUGGUGUCCCAGAGUCACUGGACCUGUUUCCCUGCCUCUCUCCAGGUGUUUAUGAAGUAAACAGUAUUUGGAAAGUU